AUGUCAAAUAAAGCCCAAAUACUCAUUAAAAUCAUUCCACCAUCACGAGCUAAGACCCAUCCAUAUGAACACGUACGCCACCAAGGAAAAUAAAUCAACUUAUGUAAAAAAUCACGACAAAAAUCGAGAUCAUUCUCGUCGAAGUCUAAGACGGACCAAAAACAAUGGCAAAGACAAGUGAACAGAAAAAGCAAAUGAAAUAUGAAAUAAGCAGCGCCGUGCUUCAAGUGCCAGAAUACAGAUAUAUAAGCGCAAAUUAAAACAAAACAUGCCACUUGAUUGCACCAAAACGAAAAUCUAAAGACAAAAUGCGUGAUUAAAGAAAUAUUUGAGACUUAAUUACAUUAUCAUCAUCUACGCAAGAACGUCAAUUUUAAAGCGAAUCUCAUGUAUUUAUAUUUAGCUAUAACCAAAAAGACUUGUGACCAUAUAUAUAUACUCAUGUUGCAUGCCGGUACGAGAAAGAAAUAAUAACAUUCAGCAUAAUAUCACUCACCCCGAGCCGUUGUUCUUCCAUAUCCAUCUAAUGAUAACAAGAAAACAACUAAUAGCAAUUCGUAAACAACACGAUCGAUACUCUUUGAAUAUGUUUGCAGUCACUUCGUUUGAUAAUUCCAUUGUAUAACAGUGACAAAAACACAUUGACCGC